AUGGUUCGUUACGUGCCCCGUUUUGCUGACGGUCAGAAGGUGAAGUUGGCCUGGCCCUUGGCUGUUUUUCGAUUAAAUCAUAUAUUCUGGCCUCUGGAUCCUAGUACUGGAAAGUGGGCCAGAUAUCUGGACAAAGUUAUGGCGGUUAUGGGAUGUUUGAUUUUUAUGCAGCACAAUGAUGCGGAAUCAAGAUAUUUGCGCUAUGAGGCUGCUAAUCGAAAUCUGGAUGCCUUUCUUACUGGCAUGCCAACCUAUUUGAUCCUUGUGGAAGCUCAAUUCCGGAGUCUUCACAUUCUACUGCACAUCGAGAAACUUCAGAAGUUUCUUCAGAAAUUUUACGCCAACAUAUACAUAGAUCCGCGAAAAGAACCGGAAAUGUUUAAAAAAGUUGAUGGUCAAAUGCUACUAAAUAGAUGUGUUUCCGCAAUGUAUGGAGCAGUUAUCUCCGGCUAUCUAAUCGCCCCCGUAUUUUCGAUUAUUAACCAAAGUAAGGACUUUUUAUACUCUAUGGUCUUUCCAUUUGACUCGGACCCCUUGUAUUUAUUUGUACCUCUGCUCUUGAGUAACGUAUGGGUUGGCAUAAUCAUUGAUUCCAUGAUGUUUGGGGAGACUAGUUUGUUGUGUGAAUUAAUUGUCCAUUUAAAUGGUAACUAUCUGUUGCUUAAACGGGACUUGGAGUUGGCAAUUGAAAAAAUUGUGGCUGCUAGGGAUCGUCCCUAUAUGGCUAGCCAAUUAAAGCAACUAAUUAUUAAAACUCUUCGAAAAAAUGUGGCUCUUAAUCAGUUUGGUCAGAAAAUGGAGGCUCAGUAUACUGUACGUGUUUUCAUUAUGUUCGCCUUUGCUGCCGGUCUUUUAUGCGCUCUUUCAUUUAAGGCUUAUACGAAUCCCAUGGCAAAUUAUAUUUAUGCUAUUUGGUUCGGAGCCAAAACCGUGGAGAUACUUUCCCUCGGACAGCUUGGUUCUAAUUUGGCAUUUACAACGGAUUCUCUUAGCUCGAUGUACUACCUAACCCACUGGGAGCAAAUUCUACAGUACUCAACGGAUCCCCAGGAAAACCUGCGAUUACUGAAGCUCGUUAAUUUGGCCAUUGAAAUGAACAGCAAACCCUUUUAUGUGACUGGGCUGAACUAUUUUCGCGUUAGUCUGCAGGCUGGUUUAAAAAUUCUGCAGGCGUCCUUCUCAUAUUUCACAUUUCUCACCUCGAUGCAGCGUCGACAAAUGAGCAAUUAA